UCGUCCAUCCCUAACCUGUGUCAAAUCUUGGCAACUGACAACCUAGAAUUCCCGUUGUUCACAAGUGCUUCAUCAAUUGCAUUAUCUGUGAGACCCCAGAAUUCUGUGUCUUUAACGCGAAUCCCAGGCCAAUGAAGAUGAAUAUUACUUCAGCAGCCGGCAUAAUUUCCCUCCUGGAGGAGCCUAUGCCGGACCUCAAGGUUUUUGCAUUGAAAAAAUUGGAUCUCAUUGUGGAUGAAUUCUGGCCAGAAAUUUCCGAAGCUAUCGAGAAAAUUGAAAUUCUCCACGAGGACAAGAGUUUCAACCAGCACGAGCUGGCAGCCCUCGUCGCGAGUAAAGUUUAUUACCACCUGGGAAGCUUCGAGGACUCCCUGACGUACGCCCUGGGAGCUGGUGAAUUAUUCGACGUGAACGCGAGGAACGAAUACGUGGACACGACGAUAGCAAAAUGCAUCGACUAUUAUACCCAACAACGAGUGAUGGAGGCAGAGGGGAAUACUGCAACAGGUUACAAAGGUAUUGACCCUAGACUGGAGGGAAUCGUAAAUCGAAUGUUCCAGAGAUGCUUGGAUGACAACCAAUAUCGUCAAGCUCUGGGGCUUGCCCUGGAGACGAGACGCAUGGACAUCUUCGAGGCUUCAAUAAUGCAAUCCGAGGACAUCGCUGGAAUGCUCUCCUACGCAUUCCAGGUUGCCAUGAGUCUGAUCCAGAAUCGAGGCUUCAGGAAUACCGUCUUGAGAUGCCUUGUGAAUCUCUACAGAAAUCUAGGAACCCCGGAUUACGUUAACAUGUGUCAGUGCUUGAUUUUUUUGGAUGAUCCACUGGCUGUGGCUGAACUUCUGGAUCGACUCAGCAAGGGAUCACAGGAUUGCGUCCUAAUGGCUUAUCAGAUUGCCUUCGAUCUUUAUGAAUCAGCUACUCAGCAAUUUCUGGGACGAGUUCUCCAGGCAUUGAGAGCCACUGCGCCCAUUCCCAGUGCUCUCAUGGUCAAACCCAUUGUUAAACCAACUGUUAAAGCCACUGAAGCCACUGCUGAAUCCCCUGUGGUCACCGAAAACUCAAGUCCUGUCGAGGAAAAGGUCGAACGCAGUGUUGAGAGUUUGACAACUGAAGAACGUGAACAACAGGAGCGUGUGGACGCCUUAUCCAGUAUUCUAGGUGGUGAAGUGUCAAUCGAUCUUCACUUGCAAUUCCUCAUCAGGAGCAAUCACACUGACAUGCUCAUACUGAAGAACACGAAGGAUGCUAUCAGGGUUUCAAUAUGUCACACUGCCACUGUCAUCGCCAAUGCAUUCAUGCACUCAGGGACCACCAGCGAUCAAUUCCUGAGAGAUAAUCUGGAAUGGCUGGCCCGAGCAACGAACUGGGCCAAAUUGACAGCGACUGCAUCCCUCGGGGUGAUUCAUAGGGGCCAUGAGCAGGAAGCACUCGCACUCAUGCAAUCGUAUCUACCUCGUGAUACUGGAGCUGGUGCUGGAUACUCAGAGGGCGGUGGAUUGUAUGCUCUUGGUUUAAUUCACGCCAAUCAUGGGGCUACUAUCACGGAUUAUCUCCUUGGACAGCUGAAGGAUGCUCAGAAUGAGAUGGUUCGUCAUGGUGGAUGUUUGGGUUUGGGUCUGGCGGCGAUGGGGUCCCAUCGUCAGGACGUUUACGAGCAGCUGAAAUUCAAUCUGUACCAGGACGAUGCGGUGACAGGAGAGGCUGCUGGAAUAGCCAUGGGAAUGGUGAUGCUUGGAUCGAAGUCAACUCAGGCAAUUGAGGACAUGGUUGCUUACGCCCAGGAGACUCAGCACGAGAAAAUUCUACGUGGCCUAGCUGUGGGCAUUGCCUUCACGAUGUAUGGACGCCUUGAGGAAGCUGAUCCCCUCGUAACGUCUCUGUGUGCUGACAAGGAUCCAAUCCUGAGGAGAAGUGGAAUGUACACUCUGGCGAUGGCAUAUUGUGGCACUGGAAAUAAUCAGGCGAUUCGAAAACUCCUUCAUGUUGCUGUUUCUGACGUUAACGACGAUGUGCGUCGUGCUGCAGUGACAGGUCUCGGGUUCCUACUAUUCAGAACACCGGAGCAGUGUCCAAGUGUUGUGUCUCUGUUAGCUGAGAGUUACAAUCCACAUGUGAGAUAUGGGGCUGCAAUGGCACUCGGUAUAGCUUGUGCGGGAACGGGUUUGAAGGAAGCUAUUGCACUGCUGGACCCGAUGGCCAAUGAUCCAGUGAAUUUUGUACGCCAGGGUGCACUCAUUGCCUCAGCGAUGAUUUUAAUACAGCAGACCGAGGCCACUUGUCCCAGAAUCAAGGAGUUCAGGGCACUCUAUGCUAAAGUGGUGGUUGAUAAACAUGAGGACGUCAUGGCCAAGUUUGGCGCUAUUCUCGCUCAGGGUAUCAUCGAUGCUGGUGGACGUAACGUGACAGUCUCCCUACAGUCUCGAACUGGCCACACUAAUAUGUUGGCUGUUGUUGGAGCCCUUGUAUUUACCCAGUAUUGGUACUGGUUUCCACUAGCUCACUGUCUUGCUCUAGCAUUUACCCCAACAUGUUUGAUAGGGCUGAAUGCCCAACUGAAAAUGCCAAAACUCGAGAUUCGCUCUAAUGCACGUCCAAGCGUUUAUGCAUAUCCAGCACCUCUCGAGGAGAAGAAACGAGAGGAGCGUGAAAAAGUUACAACAGCUGUAUUGAGUAUCGCUGCUAAAGCAAGAAGACGUGAAUCGGAGAGACGUGCACGUCACUCACAUGAAUUAAUGGAAGUGGAUCUACCCACUGUUGAAACGAAGGAAAGUAGUGAAAUUAAAGAGCCAGUAACUUCAUCCUCUGUCAAGGAGAAAGAUGAUAGGAAAAAGGAGAGGGACGACAAGGAGAAGAAGGAGGAUAAGGAGAACAAAGAGAUUAAAGACAAGGAGAAAAAGAGUAAGGAUGAUGACAAGGAGAAGAGAGAGCCGGAGCCGAGUUUUGAAAUUCUUCAAAAUCCAGCGAGAAUUCUUCGCCAGCAGCUCAAAGUUAUUCAGCUUGUUGAAGGUAGUCAGUACGCGCCAGUCAAGGAUAUUCAGAUUGGGGGAAUUGUCAUGUUGAAGCAUAUCAAGCCAGACUCUGAGGAGGAACUUGUCGAACCAGUUGCUGCCUUUGGACCCAAGCCAGAUGAGGAGAAGGAAGCUGAACCACCAGAACCGUUUGAAUACACUGAGGAGUGAAUAUCACCAUUCGUUCUACGCAUAUUUCCAGCUUUUUGGCAUUUUAUUAUCAACUUGUCACCAGAAUCUAGGGUUUCAAUUACUUCCGUUUUCUAUGUACGAGGUUAAUAAACAGUACAACUCAGAAAA